AUGGAGAGCAAACAUAAAGAACUGCUCAGUCUCCACCGCGCUAAAUUUCUCAGUGCCAUAGAAGUGGAAAAACUCUUGCCGAUUUUGCAAAGCAAAAAUGUAGUGUACGCAGAUGACAUCAGCGAGAUAAACAAACAGCCGAGUCGUGCUGGGCGGGCCGAGAGACUCCUCGAUAUCCUACCCGACAAGCCCAACUCGGCCUUCCAUGGAUUGUGUCUGGCGUUGGAAACGACCUACCCUCAUCUCCUGACGGCGAUGUUCCUAGGGUGUAACCAGCGAGCUGUCACCCCAGAUUCGCGAUCACUGUCCCUUGCAUCAGAUUCUGAAGAUGACCCUCUGAACCAGUCCUGUCGUUCAGAAACUCAGUCACAGGAUCUGGAUGGUGCCAAGACGUAUACACGAAUCAUACCAUCCCAUGAGUAUGACCUUCAUGAGAAUGCCUAUCCAGCUUUAGCUGGACAGGACAAACACACCCAGCUGGACCGACACCACCCAAGCAUGAACAGCCAACCAUCUGACCACCACCGUGACUAUGAUCGUCUGAAGUCCCAAUGUGAGCAUGCAAUGAAUGAACUUCAGUCGCUGAAGCGGACACAGACAGAUAUGGAGAAACGAUAUGACCAAACUCGCAAGGAGCUGGAGAAUUACAGUCAGAAGUAUCGAUCAGUCCUCAGCCAACUCCAGCAUUCCAAAGAUGAAAACUCUCACAUCAAGUCACAGUUCCUAAAGUUUGAGCAAGAGAAACAGCAAUUGGACCAGGAAAUCAUCAGGUUCCAGAGUCUUCAUGAAGAAGACAAACAAGAAAUGUCUGACUUACGCAAACAGCUCCGGGAGGUCAUCAAUGAAAGCGGUUCUAGUGAAGUCCUUAACAAAAUGUACGACUGUGCUCAGGAUAAAUAUGAAGGUAUUCGAGAGGAUUACGAGGCAUUGCGUGAGCGGUACACAGAGCUUAUGUCUCUCAACUCUGAUAUGACCAGCAAACUAGAACAUCUUAGGGACGAAAAUAUGAAGCUGCACAAAAAAGUCGAAAAUAUGCGAAUGGAUCAAGAGUCUGUUAUCAUGGAAAGGAAUGCACUAAAGAAACAGUGUACAGGAGCUAUACAUAACUGGGACCAAGUUAUUCAUGAACGGGAUCAACUCAAAGAGGAAAUGUCAAAGGUCACUGCACAGCGAGAUGAACUUAUGAAAGGAUCCAAUCAAAUCCUAUUUAAAUUGGAAUCCGCUUGUAAGGAGAGGGAUGCUGCUAAAUCUGAACACAAUCUUGUCAUGGCAGAGAGAGCGUCUGUCCUCAAUGAUUAUGAUCGGUUACAGGAGAGGGUCAGUGAAUACAGUCGGAAGAACGAAGCCCUUGAAAAAGAGAAAAAAUGUGCUUUAACAGAGUUAGAAAAUUUAAAACGGGAAUUAAUGACAUCAAUUCAAGAGAGGGACAAAGCUAUUAAAGAGAGAAAAGAAUUGUUGAAUAAAUACAGUGACAUUCGCUCUAAAAAUGACCAGCUGGAAGGUCAACGAGAGGACUUCCGCAAAGAUUGGCAGAUGGUGACGCAGGAACGAGAUGUGGCGAGGAAAGAACGACACGAAGCGAUUCAGGACAGAGAUAGGAUUCUCAGGGAGACUUAUGAAAGAGAGCGCUGUCAGAAAGAAAAGGCUGAAGAGAUGGAUCAGGUUUCCAAGGAAACAGAGAUCCUGAAACGAACAAUUGAUAAACUGCAACGGGAACUUAGAGAUCUUAACCAUGAGGUGGAAUCCUCUAAUAUGUCACGAGACUGGGCUCUGAGGGAACGGGACAAAAUCGUACAGGAAAGAGAUAGCAUUCGUACACUAUGUGACAGUCUGCGACAUGAAAGAGACAGAGCCGUGAGUGACAAAGCCAAGACUCUGCGUGAUUUUGAUGACCUCAAGAAACAGAAGAGUGAAACCUAUAAGGAAUUGAAGGAAACAAGGGAAAAAUAUGAAAGUGUGAUGGAAAAAGAAGCUCGGAAAAACCAACUGAAUGGAAUUGGUCACAACCACAGUCGGGACUCUGCCAUUGAUGCUGACCUACAGGAGUGGGAGACAGAGGAAGUGAUUGUAGAUAUUGGCCGUUUCAACCCCGACAAUCUGGGCUUUGAUAUUGUUGGGGGGAAGGAUGACCCACAGCUCACCAAUGACAAUUCCAUCUUCAUCAGCCAUAUCAGUAAGGGCAGCGUGGUGGAUGGAAAACUUAGGGUGAAUGAUAUACUUAUGAAGGUCAACAACCAGGACACGACCAAUAUGACCAAGAGAACCAUGAUACAGACACUUCGGGAUGCUUCAGACAAUGUCUCUUUGAUGGUGAGGCGUCGUCGAUGUAUUACUCCUCGAGUCUGGCAACCACUGCAGCUGAAUAUUUCUCUAGGGAAAGAGACCGGAAUCUACAUAGAGCAGGGCCUGUAUGUCGGUCGCAUCACUCCAGGAUCAUUGGUGGCUAAGGAAGGUCUCCUAGUCACAGGUGACAGGAUCGUAGGGGUGAAUGGGAAAUCUGUAGAGAGUCUCAGUGCUAAGGAGCUCAUGAGACUCCUUGACGACUGCCGUGAUCCUGUUGUUAUGGAAAUCUGGCGACAAACUUCCCCUCUGGGGAUAAAUUCUGCUGGUUCAUCCCCUGUUCCUGUUCCCCUGACUACUCUGUCUCACCUCUCAGAACAAAUGCCGCACCGAGUCACAAAACCAGAGAGUCCAACUCUCAAACCUCAGUCCAUGUGGGAUGGAAAUACUACCUCAGAUAGUGGAAAAAGUAGCACUAAGAUGCGUAGUAGUGGAUCCCAAACGGACAGCCUGGACAGUCCCGGACCUCCGUCCAGACACAAGGACAAACGUUAUCAGGAGAGGGACCCUGACAAACCAAACAGACAUAGUGUACUGGAGAAAAUUAAAAUGUUCAAACAGCGACACAAAAGUCAAGAACGCAGUGAGGUUGAUGAUGGAACACUGAAACAGCAAGACUUGAUGUCACAAAGUGCCCACGUGAACAGUUCCAAUUGUCCAGAGGAUGUUAUCGGAGAGUUUGCCAUGCCUCUGUCUGGUACAAGUGUGCAUGAAAAAGUACACACCAAUAAACCAGUGAAUAAAACGACUCGUAAGCGUGAAUUAGAGAGUGAAAAUAGCGGCACGUGGCCAAAGUGUUGUCGUGUGUAUCCAAACGCCACUAAUGGCACUGUCAUGUUUCCUUCUCCACAACGUAGGCAUGAGCGUCCAACCCUUGAUGUGUUGAUCAAUCCGCCGCCAGAGAAAAGGCUUGUGCCAAAAACGCCCCCAACGCCCCCGGAGCGAACAGGGGCUUCAUUUGUAGCGGUGCGUCACAGUCCGCAGAGUAGUGAUUCAACCCUGACAGGUAAAUACCGCCACAGUCCACAGAGCAGUGAUUCAACCUUACAGCUGGGCUCCCCUUCACCCAUCAGUUCCCCGAAGUCCAGCAGCAAGUCAAACCAGUACUUACACAACACGGUCUCAGUGCCUCCAUUCCAGCAACAAGACCCUCACAUUCUACCUGACUAUUCUCACAGAAAUAUGAGCAGUGCUAGGAGCUCACGUCAGGCUCACAAACGUUAUACGGUUGGUUCAUUUGGGCCCGACUUUCCACCAAAGGAAGGUUUUGAACAACAUCCACCACCCCGUGUAGGCAAUAAGCCUGCACGACACCUUGACCGAGACAUACGAGGUAGUCAAAAGUAUGCCAACAAGUACAAGUCUAGUCACACACAUCAGUCUCAUAGCUCUGUGAAUUACAGCAAGUCGCCACAGGGACAUACAGCAUUUGACUUUCCGCAGAACACCUCGUCAUUAGGGGGCAGCACAGGCAGUGCUCGAUGGUCCAGUAAUAUGUCGUCCCCAAAUGAUGGUGUACAUUCCCCUCCAUACACCCCGUCCUCGGGGUUGAGCUCCCCUCUGUAUAAUCCAUCAGCUGGAGUCACAUCACCGCCGUAUCAACCUCCACACAGGGGACAGAGUAGCAGUAACUCGUCGACAUUGUCCUCGAUAUCCCGUCCAUAUCUGCCAUACUCGCCAGGCAAUUAUUCCCAAUACCCUCUCUCCCCGUCCUUCAGUUCUCCCACAGAUUCCUGUACUGAUUGUGACAGUGAACCCCCUCGCUACUCGCCUUCCAUUGACUGGUGUAGUUCGCCGAGCUCCUCUCAGCGUAGUUCCUCCACACCCAGUGAUCAGCUCAGCUACCCGUUAGUGGUUCCACCAAGGAUCUCGCCGUCAGAGGCAAACACAUUUCCACGGAAACCUCCAAGAGUCUGGUAUCCUCCAACUGUAAGCACCACAUCCUCCACCAAGUCUGGGUCUGUGGAAGUUGUUUCUGAGAGGAGCAGUCCUGGGUCUCCUUUUCUCGACAGCAGAAUGGAUUUGCCUCGUAGGAGAAAACCUUAUCCUGGGGAGACACGUACCAUACAUGUGGAGCGGAAUCUGCAGCCAGUUGGCUUUAAUAUAGAGAAGAGAAGCACAGGAGGUAUCUUUGUAUCAAUGGUCAAUGAAAACAGCUUGGCAGCAGACGCAGGUCUGGUAAUUGGAGACCAAUUACUCGAGAUUUGUGGAAUCAACAUGAGGACGGCCACUCAUGAAAUUGCUGCUCGUUUCCUACACCAAUGUGGUAAAGAUCUCACCCUGCUGGUCCAGUAUAACAUUGAUGAGUACAACAAUGGGGAUUCAUCUGGUGAUAGUACAAACACAUCUCCAAACAACUCCCCAGAUUCCAGUACCUUCAAGAAAAAAACCAGUCUCAGUCGUCCGACCAUGUCCUGUGAAUCGUCACGCUUUGUCUCCUUAAAGAAGAGCUCACCAAAUGCAAGUCUAGGUAUCACUAUUGCUGGUGGAAAUGCAGUUGGCAUCUUUGUACAUGAAGUGCAAUCUAAUAGUGUAGCCUUCGGACACGACGGAUUACACUGCGGGGACCAAAUACUUCAGUACAAUGGAGUGGACUUCACUUCCGUGACAGCAGAAUUUGCUUCCUCUGAGAUUGCCAAGUCCUGUCCUGUGGUCGGGAUGAAAGUUCAAUAUAAUCCAGAAAAAUACUACUUGAUCCGCGAGCAGCCUGGCGACCUGUUCUAUAUGCGUGCCCACUUUGACCGUCCAGCAGAGAAUGAGGGAGAAUUAAGUUUUUACAAAGAUAAUGUUCUGAUGGUGGAGAAUACAAUGCAUGGUGGUGUUGCUGGCAGCUGGUUUGGCUGGCUGGUCGAUGACGACUGCAACAAAAUAAAAUCUGGCACCAUUCCCAGCAAAGAAAGACUUGAGGAUGACUUCAUGCUCCGGCGAAGUCACUCCGGUAGCCUGAGUCUACAAGACUUAGAAGAACUCAAAGGAACAACUCGCCGGGGAUCAGGGACUGCACGACGAAGCUUUUUCAGGCGUCGCCAUAAAAGAAAUAAUUCCAAAGACAGUCGAGAGUUUAGCGCUUCAGAUGCCCCGCUCACAAGUGAAUCUGUUCCAAUGCUAGAUGAUGUCUCGCUCUACGCCUACACAAAAGUAGAUAGAAUUGAGUAUAAAAUGACGAGGCCAGUGAUACUGUUGGCUCCACUGGCUGAACCCCUUAUAAACAAGAUAGCAUCAGCUUCCAGUGACAAGUAUAAAGCGUGCCAACCCAUUAUUAUGCAGACAUCAGCUAAAGCCAUGGAACAAGGACUUGCUGACAGUAGUUACAUAGAUUACUGGCAACAAGAUGACCACUAUAUGUGCAUCCGUGUGUCGUCUAUCAGAGAACUCUGUGAUCAGGGCAUUCAUUGUUUGCUCAACACUAGUCCAGCAGCCAUAGAGCGCCUACACAGACUGCAGAUAUACCCCAUUGUCAUAUUCGCUCGCCAUAAAUCAUUUAAACAGAUCAGGGAAAUACGUGAUCCCCAGUUUCACCCAAAAAAUCUAAGCAACAAAGCGGCAAAAGACUUGUUUGAGCGAUUCCAGAAAAUCGAGCAGGAUUACCGUCACCAGUUUUCUGCUAUGAUACAAGGCGGAAUCUUGGCCGAGAUGUACCAGCAGGUCAAAACUGUCAUUGAUUCCGAACAGAAGAAGGCCAUUUGGGUGCCAGUCAGUCCAACAAGAUAACAGCGUUCUCUCCGGGAUCUCUUCUCCAUGGAUCUCGGAUCUUGGAUCUCAUCUUGCGAUUUACCAAUAGCUUUCUAGUCCUACACAUUCAUGGAUCUCGGAGUUUGAGCUUUUUCUUUUGCUUUUUUGGUGUUUGUUUGUGGAAAAUCCAAUCCCAGCCGCUUUAUUUACAUGUGAACUAGUUUUUCAUUGAUGGUGAAUUUAUCUCUCCAUGAAAUUCACCGAACAUAUGCUGUAGUCAGGAGAUGCGGAAUUCUUUUAACAGGUGUGCUAUAUCUUGGAAAAUUUUUGACAUGUUGAACUUCUCACAUAGAUGUGUUAUAGUUUGGAGAUGUUCCGUCUACAGAAUUCUUCAUACAUAUGUUCUGUAGAUUUUGAUUUGUUGAACUGUAGACAUUUUACUUCCAUAUUUAUUGGUGAUAAAUGGUGACUUUAAGUGAUCAACCAUUUGUUGUACCUCGUCAAUUGAAAUCAUUCUGGCUGAGUUGUGCCUGGGACCAGUUCACAUUUGGAUAAACUUAUGAAGCUUCUAAGGGAUUUAUAGUCAUGUCCAUUUUAUUGAAAAUAAUUGUGAAUUAAGGAUUUAAAUGGCUCCUACUAGUUGUUGGCUAUACCCUGUGUUAACAUGCCGUCCGACCGUGUGUUGUACUGGGCUGUAUCAAGCAUUUUCUGUGUUGUGUUGCAAAGAACAGUUUCCUUAAUGGUAAAGUUUAUGAUUAAUUUGCCAACUGGAACAUGAAGAGAAACUGAUUCUUGUAUGAACUUGCUCUGUUACAUGUCAAUGGUGUGUGCUUUUUUUUGAAGCCGUGAUUACCAAUAAUCCAACAAAACAAAGGUUUUACCAAGAAUUCACUGCUACCAAGAAUUCACCAAUUCAAAGAAUUCACCACUACCAAGAAUUCACCACUCAGUUUUAUCAAGAAUUCACCUCUCAGUCUUACCAAGAAUUCACCUCUCAGUCUUACCAAGAAUUCACCACUACCAAGAAUCGGCCACUUCAAAGAAUUCACCAUUUGAUUUUACCAAGAAUUCACCACUACCAAGAAUUCACCACUUGAUUUUACCAAGAAUCAACCACUACCUAGAAUUCACCAUUUGAUUUUACCAAGAAUCAGCCACUACCAAGAAUCAAACAAUACCAAGAAUCAACCACUACCAAGAAUUCACCACUUGAUUUUACCAAGAAUCAACCACUACCUAGAAUUCACCACUUGAUUUUACCAAGAAUCAGCCACUACCAAGAAUCAAACAAUACCAAGAAUCAACCACUACCAAGAAUUCACCACUUGAUUUUACCAAGAAUCAAACAAUACCAAGAAUCAACCACUACCAAGAAUCAACCACUACCAAGAAUUCACCACUUGAUUUUACCUAGAUUCAACUACUACCAAGAAUUCACCACUUGAUUUUACCAAGAAUCAACUACUACCAAGAAUUCACCAUUUGAUUAUACCAAGAAUCAACCAUUACCAAGAAUUCACCAUUUGAUUAUACCAAGAAUCAACCACUACCAAGAAUUCACCAUUUGAUUUUAUCAAGAAUCAACCACUACCAAGAAUUCACCAUUUGAUUAUACCAAGAUUCAACCACUACCAAGAAUUCACCACUUGAUUUUACCAAGAUUCAACCACUACCAAGAAUUCACCACUUGAUUUUACCAAGAAUCAACCACUACCAAGAAUUCACCAUUUGAUUUUACCAAGAAUCAACCACUACCAAGGAUUCACCACUUGAUUUUACCAAGAAUCAACCACUACCAAGGAUUCACCACUUGAUUUUACCAAGAAUCAACCACUACCAAGGAUUCACCACUUGAUUUUACCAAGAAUCAACCACUACCUAGAAUUCACCACUUGAUUUUACCUAGAAUUUACCACUCAUUCCACCAGAUUCAGAUCUUUGUAAAACCAUAUAUUUUAGUCGACUUAUGUUCUGACAUGUUUUGCUAUUUUUGGGACAGUGGCACAAACACUAUUUUUCCAAGUACAUGUGAUAUUGACUGUGGUGACUGUAGAGAGGACAGUUGAAACAGUCCAGAAACCUUGUCUUUGAUAUGCACAUUGAUUUUACCAUGUAUUUGAUCUAUAGAUGCAUUAUGGUUUGUAUUUUAUUCCGUUGUAGAAAGUCUGGUGGAUAGAAUUAUGAAAAGAUAUAUCUAAAAUAAAACACAUCAUAGAAACACUCAGAAACCAGAUCUUAUCUCCUCAACAUUGUAUAAGUUAGGUAAUCUGACUUUGACUUUCAUAAUUCAAAAUGGUUUUUUUUUUUUUUUUACAAAGAAUAUAUGACAUCAACUGGUGUGAAACAGAAUCACUCUGCAGUUAGCCUACACUAUGUCAGACUUUCUGCAGUUAGCCUACAGUCUGUUAGGCUUUCUGCAGUUAGCCUACACUCCAGAAAGCUUUCUGCAGUUCACCUACACUCCGUCAGGCUCUCUGCAGUUCAUCUACACUCUGUCAGGCUCUCUGCAGUUCAUCUGCACUCCGUCAGGCUCUCUGCAGUUCAUCUACACUCUUUCAGGCUUACUGCAGUUCACCUACACUCUGUCAGACAUUUUGCUGUAGGCCCACACACCACCAGAUAAUCUACAAGAUGCCUACACACCAUCAGACAUUCUACAGCAAUCCUACACAUCACCAGACAUUUUACAGUAAGCCUACACACCACCAGACAUUCUACAGUAAGCCUACACACCAACAGACAGUCUACAGCAAUCCUAUACACCACCAGAUAUUCUACAGCAAUCCUACACACUACCAGACAUUCUACAGUAAGCCUACACACCACCAGACAUUCUACAGCAAUCCUACACACCACCAGACAUUCUACAGCAAUCCUACACACCAUCAGACAUUCUACAGUAAUCCUACACACUACCAGACAUUCUACAGUAAGCCUACACACUACCAGACAUUCUGCAGUAAGCCUACACACUACCAGACAUUCUACAGUAAGUCUACACACCACCAGAUAUUCUACAGCAAUCCUACACACCAUCAGACAUUCUACAGUAAUCCUACACACUACCAGACAUUCUGCAGUAAGCCUACACACUACCAGACAUUCUACAGCAAUCCUACACACCAUCAGACAUUCUACAGCAAUCCUACACACUACCAGACAUUCUACAGUAAGCCUACACACUACCAGACAUUCUGCAGUAAGCCUACACAUCACCAGACAUUCUACAGUAAGCCUACACAUCACCAGACAUUCUACAGUAAGCCUACACACCACCAGACAUUCUACAGUAAGCCUACACAUCACCAGACAUUCUACAGUAAGCCUACACACUACCAGACAUUCUAAAGUAAGCCUCCAUACCACCAGGCUUUCUAUAGUGGGAUUUUGAUUGAUCAUGUCAAUUAAAAAUUAAAUGUAAAAUGUUUAUGAGAGAUGACUAGGUCCUGCCUUGUCUGUAAGAUAAUGAGUGUUUUUAGACAGUAAGUACAUACCUUGUAUGUAAGGUGUUGUCAGGUGACCUGGGCGUACCUUGUCUGUAAAAUAUUUCGUGUUUUUAGAUGACAAGUACAAACCUUGUAUGAGAGGUGUUGAGAGGUGACCAGGACAUACCUUGUUGUCAAGUGACCUAGACAUAUCAUGUCUGUGAGAUGUUGUCAAAUGACUGAGAUGUACCUUGUCUGUGAGGUGUUGUCAAAUGACCUGGACACACCUUGUCUGAGGUAUGUUCAGAUGACCUUGUUUGUGAGAUGUUGUCAGAUGACCAGGAUGUACCCUGUUUGUGAGAUGCCAGAUGACCAGGAUGUACCUCGUUUGUGAGAUGUCAGAUGACCAGGAUGUACCUCGUUUGUGAGAUGUUGUCAGAUGACCAGGAUGUACCUCGUUUGUGAGAUGUUGUCAUAUGACCAGGAUGUACCACGUUUGUGAGAUGUUGUCAGAUGACCAGGAUGUACCACGUUUGUGAGAUGAUGUCAGAUGACCAGGAUGUACCAUCUCUGUGAAGUGUUGUAAGGUGACCUGGAUGUAACUUAUCUGAGAGGUGUUGUUGGACGACCUGGAUAUACCUUGUCUGUAAGGUGUUCAGAGAAGACCAGGACGUACCUUGUCUGUAAGGUGCUCCAACACGACCAGGAUGUGCCUUGUCUGUAAGGUGUUCUGAGACGACCAGGACGUACCUUGUCUGUAAGGUGUUGUCAGAUGACCUAGACAUACCUUAUCUGUGAGAUGUUGUCAGACAACCUGGAUGUAUUUUGUUUGUGAGGUUUUGUCAGAUGACCUGGACAGAACCUGUCUGUGAGUGUUGAGUGUUGUCAGAUAACAGGAUGUUGUCUGUGGUGUGUGGAGAUAAUGACCAGUUUAUAGGGCGUGUUACAAUGUGUCAUAUGGAGUGUGGUUGUGCAUUUCAAAUGGUCGUUAUACUGUCUGUGAUACUAAGGUGCUAGACUAGCUGCCAGUGUUGUGUCAUCUGCCUGUUUACACGUCACUGUAUGCUUCUAUGUUGUUAUUUUUUUGUUGUAGAGGUUUACUAUUAUACUUUAAAAAGUUUUGAUUUGUAUAGGAAACGUGUCAGUGAUUAUCACAGCAUUCUGUGCCUUCAGAAAGUGAACCACAGAUAUAUGGUGGAUAAGGUGUGGCUUCGGACAGGGGAAACUGAUGUUGAGGUCUGUGUUUUUUUGUUAAUAAGCGUGUAGAAGUGAGAUUUCCUGGAUAAUAUCACUAAGUUGUAUAGACAUAGGAGGUCCGUAGAUUUCCUUGUAAAGUCAUCAAUGCUUGACAUUAAAAUUUAUUAUCUUGAUUUAC